CGUCGUGGACUCGGACUGGCGGCGCGUCCGCGAGCUUCAUCUUCGGCCGUGACCACGGGGGCCUGCGCGUCAGGCGCACUUCCGCUGCGCGCCCCGCCCCUGCGCCGGCCGCUGGCGUGAGCGCGGUUCCCGGGGAGACGACGGCGCCUAGGCCAGCCAUGGAGCCGCGGGUGGUCAAGCCGCCGGGGCAGGACUUGGUGGUGGAGCGCCUCAAAAGCCGCUACGGACUAGGGGGUGGCCUCCGCGCCGAGUAUUAUGAUUUUUCAAAUUUUGAUCAGGCUAAAUGUAACAGAAGAUCUCUUUCAUCUCCAGAUGAUUUGGAUAUCUACUUAUCUGGAGAUAAAGUUGUUUCAUCAUUAAGAUGUUAUUCUGAAGGAAGAAAGCAUUGUACAAUACCAUUUUGUAGUUCAUUCAAGCACGUAAAUAUGAAUUGCCUAGACCAACUGGAUUAUUUUCGAGAUUUGAAGCAACAGGAAACAGAAGAAGAGUUAAUUGAGAAGGAUCAUAGAGUUAGUAGCUCCAAAGUAACCAAGCAGUCUUUUAAAGAAAAGGAAAAAGCAGUUGCCCGGCCAACUAAUUUGGCCUCAAAUUCAAGAAAUUGGACUGAAUAUUGCAAUGAUGCAAAUGACUCUCCUUUGAAAUGUGUUAGCUUUUCAACAUCUAAAUCAUCAAACAAGCAGAGUUUACUUCCACAUCAGAUUAAUCAGAUAUAUGAUGAAUUAUUUCAAAUACACCAGAAACUGCAGUGUGAAACUGCAGCACAACAAGAAUUUGCUGAGGAACUUCAAAAGCGAGAACAUUUUUUAGUAGAAAGAGAGCAGCUGCUUUUCAGACAUGAAACUGCCUUGAAUAAAAUUAAAGGUGUUGAAGAAGAAGUUCUUACAAGAUUUCAAAUUUUAAAGGAGCAACACAAUGCAGAAGUUGAGCACUUAACUGAAGUUCUUAAGGAGAGAAAUAAAGAAAGCAAGAGGCUAAGGUCCUCUUUUGAUGCAUUGAAAGAAUUGAAUGAUAACUUAAAAAAACAGUUAAAUGAAGUAAGUGAAGAAAACAGGAAGAUGGAGAUUCAGGCUAAAAGAGUUCAAGCUCGUUUAGAUAAUUUACAGAGGAAGUAUGAGUUUAUGACAAUACAGAGAUUGAAAGGAAUUCCUCUUGCUGCUCAGGAAAUGAAGAGUUUAAAACAAGAAAAAGUACCAGUUUCGAGAACUAACAAGGUACCACUUAAUGCACAAGUUUAUGAACUUUUAACUGUCUUCAUGGACUGGAUUUCAGAUCAUCAUCUUAGUAAACUGAAAAAUGAAGAAUCUGGAAUGGAUAGUGAAAAGUCACUACUCAGAUUUGCAUCUCAGAAAAAUGAUAUUCAGGAAAAGUGUGUGAAGCUUUUGCCUGCAAUGACAGAGCAACUACAGUGGAUGCCAUUUGUCAAUGCCAAACUUCAUGUGCCUUUCUUAAAAUUUAUAUAUUGGUCUCUAAGGCAACUAGAUGCUGGAACACAGCACUCAACUAUGACAUCAACAUUGAGGAGGCUGGGUGAAGACAUAUUCAAAGGAGUGGUAACGAAGGGAAUUCAAGAUAAUUCUGUAGAGCUUUCUGUGGAGAAUAAACCCAGGGCAGCUGCUUUCUUCUUUAGGAGCUCCAAUUUACCACUGAGAUUUUUAUCAACUUUAAUUGUUCUCAAAACAGUCACUCAAGCUGACUACCUGGCUCAGGCAUUUGAUUCUCUGUGUUUGGACUUGAAGACAGAUGAAGGAAAGAUCUUGUUUUUGGAGUAUCAAGCUGUUCCAGUCAUAUUAAGUCAUCUAAGAAUAACCAGUAAAGGGCUGCUAGCCAAUGUCAUUGAUAGCUUGCUUCAGAUGACAGUGGAAUCCAAAGCUCUGCAGCCUUUCCUGGAAGCCUGUAGCAACACUUUAUUUUUUCGUACUUGCUCUGUGCUGCUUCGAACCCCCAAGCUCGAUCUUCAAAUUCUAGAAAAGCUCAGUAUUAUACUACAAAAGCUUUCCAAAAUCAAGAGCAAUAAGAAGCUCUUUGAACUUUUUACGAUUCAUCUGAUGCUUCAAGAAAUACAAAGAACAACACAUCCAGAGCAUGCCUUUCUCUGUAUUAACCUAAAUUCAACUCUGUUCAAUUUGGGUUUAACAAAAUGCAGCUCUCUGGCCCCCAACACAAACCAUUAGAUUUGCUUAUUAUUAAUUUUUUGUAUUAUAUGUGUGUUGCUUAUUUGUAAGAUUGUAAAAAUCAACAAAGUAACUAAAAGUCUACCAAGUAAAGCACCGUUUAUCAUGAAAAAUAGAAAAAGAUUUUAACUUUUAAAGUGAAAUCUAUAGAAUCUAUGGAAUGUUUGGAGUGUUUCAGCACAACUAAGUAGCACUAAUGUAUGUACAAGAUGGAAUUUCCAGAACUAAUAACGUGGGUUACUUUUUAUAAAAAUGUUUUUUAGGAAAAUUCUUAAAAUGAUGUGACCAUUUGGAAUAAAAUUGGUGUUUAUGUGGGAA